GAACCAGAAUUUUCUGUCUGUUUUCUCACCAUAGCCGAGGGUUUGAAUACAUUCUGGGGCUCUGAUUUCUCGACGUUGCUUAACCAUCUAUCCGCACGAGCUUGUCUUUUCUCUCACGUACGUUUCCCUUGUCAGCUAGAAGACUCGUCUUCAUUUGAACCUCGAUAAGCUUCGUUUCCCCUUCCUUCCAGUGUUUGAAGAAGCUAGUAAUCUAUGUCAACAAAGCCUGGGAUGCAGCUGUUUGCAUCGGUUGGCGCGUUGAUGUUUACCGAAGCACAUUGCGAAUUUACGACUUCCAGAGCCGAGCUGGGCCCCCUUUCGUCCGGGACGCACGGACCGUGUGGAAGACCGGCGGGUUCAAAAGGUGGGUCCUCCGGCCGGACGCACAGUCAGUCACGCAGAUGGGUUCCCGCAAUGGGGCCGGCUCCAACUUUGAAGAGAUUUGCGUUGCGUUGCGUUGCCGUGGAACUUUCCGUUGAAAAUUACUUGAACUCAGCAGUUGAUCUAGUCGCCACAAAGUCUGGUGCUUCUGGAAGUCUUGAAAAUUGGUUGUUUCCUUGCAGGGUACCUUGGCUGGCGAUGCUCACCCUAGACACCCGGCCAACGUUGAAGAUGCUGAAGUAGGUACGGAUACCUAAGGUAGUCUGGACUCUGAACACACGAGACCAGCCAGACUCGUGCAGGUGGAUACCACCACAGAAAAGGUUUUUCGGAAUCCAAGGAUCUUAAGACUCUUAGUGCGUGCAUUUGAUUACGCUUGCAAGAUAGUGCUUAUUCCCGCCGGACCCAAGUGGGGGGCCACAGGCAGGAGCUCACAUUCACUGAUUCAC